GGGGCUCGUUGGCUUUAGGACCCAGUGGCUCCUCCAGCGGAGGCAGGCAGCGGCUCGGCUCUCAGACUGAAGCAGACAAAGGCGAAGGGAGAGACGGCGUGCCGCUAUCCUGCAGCAUAGACUCACACAUCCACACACACACACACACUCCCCCCACGGCGCACACACACCCUUCACUCUGCAAGCAAGCAGCGACGCAGACUCUCCGGAGCUGGUCACCACCACCACACAUCUGUCACAACCAUCACAACUUUCAGUCAUCAUGGAGCUAGACUUUGGACAUUUUGACGAGCGGGACAAGGCGGCCCGUACCCCGCGGGGCGGGCGCAUGAACGGACUCCCCAGCCCUACCCACAGCGCCCACUGCAGCUUCUACCGCACGCGCACCCUCCAAGCCCUCACCAACGAGAAGAAAGCCAAAAAGGUGCGCUUCUACCGCAACGGGGACCGCUACUUCAAGGGCAUCGUGUACGCCGUGGCCAGCGACCGAUUUCGCACCUUCGACUCGCUGCUGGCCGACCUCACGCGCUCGCUGUCUGACCACAUCAACCUGCCACAGGGUGUCCGCUUCAUCUUCACUAUCGAUGGCAUGCGCAAGAUUUCAACCUUGGAUGAGCUAGAGGAAGGGGAAAGCUACGUCUGUGCAUCAGAGAACUUCUACAAGAAGGUCGACUACACGAAGAACGUCAACCCCAACUGGUCCGUGAAUGUAAAGGCCUCAGCGAGCCAGAAGAACAUGCAGUCCUUGGCUGCCAAAGCUGCCACCGAGUCCAGGGAGACCAAGGACUUUGUUCGGCCCAAGCUUGUGACGGUGAUGCGCAGCGGCGUGAAGCCACGCAAGGCCGUGCGCGUGCUGCUCAAUAAGAAAACCGCGCACUCCUUCGAGCAGGUGCUCACCGACAUCACGGAGGCCAUUAAGCUCGAAAGCGGCGUGGUCAAGAGGAUCUACACACUGGACGGCAAGCAGGUUACCUGCCUUCAGGAUUUCUUCGGUGAAGACGACGUCUUCAUUGCAUGUGGACCUGAGAAAUUCCGCUAUGCCCAGGACGACUUCUCUCUGGAUGAUAACGAGUGCAGGGUGAUGAAGGGAGCCAAAGCUCAGCGUGGAGCAAAGAGUCCCGGCCCGAUCAAGCGCAGCAAGUCUCCUGCUGAGUCGACCAACGGGACGGGCUCCAGCAGCCAGCUCUCCACCCCGAUUUCCAAGCAUUCCCCCACCUCCACCCCAAACAGUCCAGGCCUCAACAACAAGCAGAAGGAUCUCUACUUGCCCUUAUCUCUGGAUGACGACGAUUCUCUGGGCGAAUCGAUGUAGACUCUCCUCCUGCAGCCUGCCUCCUUUUAUGGCCUGAAACACAGAAGUUUUAUACCUCUGCUGCUUUCCACCUUCACUCACAGUGCCACCUGUUGUUUAGGAGAAACCACUCUUUGUCUCUCUUUUUCUUUCUUUUUUUUUUUUUCGAAGGCCUUAGCCACCAGGGCUAUGACACCAUUUGCUGCUUGAGAAAAACACAGACAUUUUUUUUCUUUUUUGAAAGAAUAAAAUAAUCAGUUUCGACCACGUUGUAACAAUCAGCGCACACGUGUUUCUAUGUAUUUCUCAAAAAGGGCACACAGUCAUUGACCAGCAGGUUUCACGGUGUAAAAAUCUCACUUUGGUCUCAAACAUUUUGUUCAAGGUUGCACUAUAAUUCCAGCCACAGAAUUCCAAGCAGCAAAUGGGAUCUUUUUUUUAGGGGUGUUUAGUCGAAGCUGACUCAACUUUUGUAUCACUUGUAUUUGUGAUGUUCCUCUUCUGUCCUCCUGUCCUUCUGCCCUCUACAGUUAAAGGUGUGAAAGGUAAUGGGUCCUUGUCAGAGGAAGUCUGUUAAGCCAGAUAAAGUCCUUCUAACCCGCUGUAAAUACUGUGUAUAGCUAUCCAUCCUGACAUCUCUGCCCAACGUACAUUGCUGUGCUUCCAUAACGUCACUACAACGUCCGUCUAACAUUCGCUCAACAUGAUACAGGGUAUGGUCAAAGUAGAGGAAGAGCCAAAAAGUACGAAGUCCCACCACAGAGGGUGAGGAUUGUGUGGGACGCAAGCUCCUGACUGAAGAGGAUAAUUGGUCAGAAGCGAACGCCUCCUCAAUGAGAAUCCGUGUUCCCACGUGAGCAUGUAUAUGAAAGAUUAUAAAACCACCACGGAGGCCUCAAAAUCCUUCCGCUGGCAAUAAUUAGCAUUCAUGUUGUCUAAUCAAGGACGAGAAACAUGUAAGGAAAAAGCAUCCCACAGAGCCCUCAGUGAAGUCUUCGUGUUGGUGUUUCCUCUAUUCUGGCCCUCUACAUAGACAGUAGGCCACACAUGCUGUAUACCCUCUGUGUUUUUAGAUUUUCACAAACUGCAGUGCAUGAUACUGAUGAAUGAUGAUGAAACUUUUGGGCAUGUAAAAAGCUGAAGGACCUAAUGUUGCUUAAAAAAAAACAACCAAAGGAACAAAUAUUAGGCCAAGAAAACCCAACCCACUUUCAGUUUUCAGUUUUUUAUCGACCAAGUACGAAUAAUUCCCCGUGUUUUAGGCCACGACUAGUGGUGACAUUUUGUCGUAGAAGGUGCGUAAUUCAAAGAUGAGUGAAUAAAGGGUCUGAAAGCCAAAGUAUGAUUUUUAGAAAAGCGGGAAAAGAUGUAACUAUAUCAGCUGUAAAAUUCUUUAAAAGAAAAACAAAAAUCAGGAGGAAGCACAUCUGGAGAGUUCUGCAUGUUACUUUUAACACGAAAUAAGGUUCAAUCAUGCUCAUCUGAGGCGAUUAGAGUUUUUAUCAGGGGGCUAAACGGUAGUGGGGUUUCUCCUAUUUUGCAUGGCUCAGCAUAGUUCUCAGAUACAGGGGAGAUGGAAAAAGCGUAACGUUGUCUAAAUCUAUGUGUGGGUUUUAAAAUUUUUAUAAAGUCUAUUAAUUUAUAUCAAGGGUACUCAUCUAGGACAUUUAUUUAUAGUUUAACUCGCUCGCGUGAGCUCUUAACACUAGUACUAUUUUCAAGCCUCUGUGUGCAACUUUCUACGGCCAUACACUUCUUUUUUCUACUGUCACGACUCGCAUCGUGAGGGGAGGUUUUUUUCUCCGAUUUCUGCAGGGAAUCGAGCCUGAGAAUCGCUAAAAUUGGAAACGACACUGAAGCACAAAGCAGGGAGCUACUUUAGUCAUGACGGUAACGGUGUCUACUCGCCAGCAUUGCAAUGCGUGACCACAACAGAUUUUUUUUUCUCUCAAUAUAUUUGAAAAAGAAAGUGUUGCACAUGUAGCUUCCUUUUGAAAUUAACAUCUAUGCAUUCGGAUUCAAGAAUAGUUCAAUCUUAUUUUCGGUAGGAAUGGCCUUUUUAUACCUAAUAAUGAUAAUAAUGAUGAUAGCGUGAUAAGAAAUGAACUAAAACUGAUCAUUUCCAUGCAGUUAUUCCAUUGUGAUAAUGUGACCGUCUGAAAGUUUUUAUGUCUCAUGAGUGGCGCGGUGCCCGCCCUGUGGAUAUGCUUUGAAUAGCUGUUAUCAUUACAAGACAAACCAUCACCAAAACCUGUCUGGUGCUGUGAUUUACACCUUUCUCCUGCAGGGAGCGCUGUCAUACCAGCACAACAAUAGCCAAUAAUAUCAGCUAAUCCAACAAGCAGGGACGCCUCACUGUACCCACCAUUUUGUACAAAAUACUCCCAUUUGUUGUCGUUUUUCCCCCCUCAUCGGUCCUGUACGACCGCACAUGCUAAUAAUGUUCUCGUUUGGUUUUUCUACAGCUUAUUACAGCAUAUAACACAUUAACAGGAACUGUUGGUUGUCUUGUGUUAACCCGGCCCGCCACCAUGUAAGAUGGAUGGUGUGAAUUCAUCACCUACAGUGGUGCCUUUUUUUUUUAAGAGUACCGUCUUUUUGAUAAAGAAAAAUGAAAAAUGGGGACGUCCAAGGCUCGUUCUUUGUUAACAGCUCGUUUGUAAAACAUUUUUAAACAUCCUGAAUGAGGAGGCCGACACGCGUUUGUUUUUGUGGAGUCACGGGACACUUGAUCAUGGUGUAAAUACGCUCCCCCUCCUGUGCUCUUUCAUAUGUAUGCCUUUUUUCUGAUUGAAUGAAUGACAUUUUUUUCUUGGGAACUUAACAGUGUCCUUUUUAGUGGUAUUUUGCAGUGUCACAGUGGCUUGUUUCAGUGCUUUCAUUCAGUGUAUUAACCGGUAUCCUUUUGCAAUUAAAAACAGUCGUAUUUCACCUCU